GCCCCCAGGCUCCACCCAUGAGUUGCUGAGCAUCAGAAAGGGCAGUGAGAUUUCCUCUCACCUUGGACUGUGACUUCAAUGGCUCUGGAGCCUUUGGUCUCUUCUUAGCCUGAUUCCCACCUGUCUCCAGCGUUCCUGGGAAGUAACAUGUGCUCCCAAAGGCGGAAGGUGUGUCUGGCUCUGGAACUUCUACUGCUGUUUCAUUUGGUCUCGCCAACCAGCACUCCAGGUCAUUCAGAACAUCGGGUGACUGCCAUCUCUGGCACCAACGUGAGUCUUCCAAUCUCCAAUUUGCCUGCUAAGUACACACAACUCACCUGGUUUUACACCACCAAUCAGAAGAUUCUAGAAUGGGAGUCCAACCAGACUCUUCUCUUCGACUCUGAAUUUAAGGGCAGGGUCAGUCUUGGUCAAAACCAGAAUCUGUGCAUCCAUAAUGUCCAGAAAAACGACAGCAGCACCUAUAUCCUCAGGGUGUUGACGGAUUCUGGGACAGAGAAGGAGUGGCAUACCCGACUGGAGGUAUACGAUCCUGUACCUAACCCUGAGAUAGAAAUCCAGAAGACACAGGAAGUGGACAAUAGAUGUCACCUGCAGCUCUCAUGCAGGAUCCCAAACCAGUCCAUAAACUAUACCUGGUAUAGGGACUCAGGGCCCUUUCCAACAGGGCUCCAGAAUUCUGUGCUUGAAAUCGUCGUUGAGCCAAAUAACUACUCCACGUUUUACACCUGCCAACUCAGCAAUCCCGUGAGCAGCAAGAAUGACACUGUCUAUUUCACCCCACCUUGUAAACUAGGCAGAUCCUCUGCAGUAGUUUGGAUUGUGACAUGGCUAAUUGUCAUGGUACCCCUUGUUCCUGGCCUCCUCUGGACCUGAGACAAGCUCUUCUAACUCAAGACAGCUGGGUCUUGCUUCCAUCAGCAGCCACGCUGUUGUCCAAGGCGGGAGCUCUGACUACAUGGGAUGAUGGAAAGUGUGCUAUUGAAACAUCUACAAGGAUUUUCAAGUUAACUUUUUAAAAACUACAGUAAUAUUUUAUUUUAUAUCUUCUACUUAUUUUCCAACAUACUUGCAUCGAUACUCCUAUAUUCUUCCCACCAAAACAUGCGAUCACAUUAUGCAGUGUUUUCUUGUAUAAAUAAAGGACGUGACCAUCAAUGUCAAACUGUCA